AUGUCCUCAUCCUCUUCACGUGACGAUGAGCAACGUUCAAUGGAUCAAGGACAGCAAAAGGCAGGUGGUGGAGGAGCCGCUGAUGGGUAUCCAAGCAUGCAGAAACGGGUUAUCAUCAUGCUGGCUGUCUAUCUUGCGGUCUUUUUGGUGACUUUGGACCAAAACAUUAUAUCGACUGCAAUUCCGCGUAUCACUGACGAAUUUCACUCUAUUGAAGACAUCGGAUGGUAUGGCAGCGCCUACCUGCUGACCAUGUGUAGCUUCCAGCUUAUCAUGGGCAAGGUCUACAAAUUUUACCCAGUGAAACCAAUCUUCCUUGCUGGCAUUGCGCUCUUCGAAGUCGGCUCAGCAGUAUGUGGUUCAGCGCCGACCUCUGCAGCCUUCAUCGUUGGUCGCGCCGUUGCAGGUCUGGGGGCUUCUGGCAUGUUCUCAGGCAUGAUGGUGAUCAUGUUCCACACCAUUCCGCUACAGCAACGACCGAUUUGGCAGGGCGCCUUUGGUGCCGUCUCUGCGGUUGCUUCUGUCAUCGGCCCUCUGGUCAGAGGUGCAUUUACCGACAACGUCAGCUGGAGGUGGUGCUUUUAUAUCAACCUCCCCAUCGGAGCGGUGGUUAUCAUCGUCACCAUCUUCGUCUUGCACCUUUCCAGUCAAAAGCUCGAUGCACGAGCCCCAGGUCUCGUUGGGAAACUGAAGCAGCUCGACCCGGUGGGUAACCUCGUGUUUUUCUCUGGCAUUGUCUGUCUGAUUUUGGCUCUCCAAUGGGGUGGGACCAAAUAUUCCUGGAAGGACGCUCAAACCAUCGUUCUUCUUGUGCUUUGCGCCAUUCUCUGCCUCGCCUUUGGCGGAAUUCAGAUCUGGAAGCAAGAGGAUGGCACGGUCCCCCCCCGCAUCGUCAAGCAGCGGAGUGUGGCAGCGGCCAUUUGGUUCUCCUUCUUCACCGGCGCCGCAAUGAUGGCCAUCAUGUACUAUCUCCCCAUCUGGUUCCAGGCUGUCAAAGGCGUCGACGCCAUCAGAUCAGGAAUCAUGUUGCUCCCUUUGGUUCUUUCCACGGUUUUUGCUUCCUUAUCCUCGGGCAUCAUCAUAAGUCGCGUCGGCUACUAUACGCCAUUCUUCAUCCUCAGCUCCGUCGUCGCGUCCAUCGGGGCCGGCCUGCUCUCCACCUUUACUUCAACUACCGAACACGCCAAGUGGAUCGGCUACCAGGUGCUGUUCGGUCUUGGUCUCGGUUUUGGCACACAACAGGGUCUGAACGUCGUGCAAACGAUCCUAGAAAGGUCCGACAUAGCCACUGGAUCCGCCCUUAUCAUGUUCGCACGCUUCCUCGGCUCCGCCAUCUUCGUGCCGGUUGCCGAGAACAUCUUCCUCAACGGCCUGGUCUCCAAGCUGACAAACCUCUCGGGCAUCAGCCCAAGCGCCGUGACCAAGGGCGGGGCCACUGAUCUGAGAAACCUGGCCGCUGGGGACGACUUGAAGACUCUUCUCGCAGACUACAACGACGCGAUUGUCCACGUGUUCUACCUGAUCGCAGCAACCUGCGCCGUGACCAUCUUCGGCAGUGUCUGUGUUGAGUGGCGCAGUUUGAAGGCUCGGGCUAGCGAGGAGGCCAGCCAGAAGGCUGAAGAAUCCAAAGAAGCAACGGAGAGCAAGGACGUGCAAGAUAUUUGA